AUGCAGCCAACCCAUAACACAGAUGGCCCCUUACAACCGGGCUACGUGCGCGCGUCGAGUAUGACGCUGCCCAUUCUCGGCCUCGACGACAGUGAAGCCAGCGACUUUGGCUAUUCGACCUACUUUCCAGACCAGCAUGACACUGGUUACCUCGCCGAGGAGAGCUCAGCAUCCACGUCGACCCCGCCGUUUUCGGCAUCCAACGCUGGGCCAACGAUUCGGGCAUUGACGCCGACUCGUCUGCAGCUCCCCUCGUCCUCCUCUCCAUCAGCAGCAGCAGCACCAAUAGCUCUUCCUAAUGUUCGUUCUGGGAGCCUCGCCGGCACCAGCCCUGGGCAGGCCAAGCAGAGGCUGGAAAGGCGGGGCCACACGAAAAGCAGGAGGGGGUGCUUCAACUGCAAGCGGCGGAGGAUCAAGGCGAGUCAUGAUGCCCUAAUGUCACUACAGUGUCAGGAGACAAAGCCCGCAUGCGGACAUUGUAUCAAAACGGGGCUCAAGUGCGAGUACCCGGCCGCGCCAACCAUUGUCCAUCAGCCACAACAUCAAAUCCCCAUUUUCAGCCUCCAAGACAUGAGAUUCUUCCAGCACUAUCUCAUGUAUUGCUACCCGCACCACCCGAUCGGGUCCGAGGAUGUCUGGCUGCAUGAGAUCCCGUGUCUGUCACACAAGUAUGAAUUCCUGAUGCACGCCAUCCUGGGCUUCGCGGCCUCGGCGCUGAUCAACAUGGACCCCUCGGCGCUCCAGCCGGCCAUGGAGCAUCGCUACAAGGCCAUCAAGGCCAUCAAGCGCGUGCUGGCCGACGCCGCCGCCAAGCAAGAUUCUACGGCCCCCUCCAGCUCCUCCGAGUCCCGUUCCCCUUCACCGUCGCCGCAAUCCAGCAAAAAGAAGAAGAAGGACUUGAGCUGCAACAACAUCUACAAACCCAGCGACAAUUUCUACGAGGAAUGCAACGCCCUCAUAGCCACGUGCUUCGUGCUGACCUUUCAGAGCGUGCUGCUCGAGGACGGCAUGGCCGAGUACAUGAGCUUCAUCCGGGGCGUCAUCAUCGUCUCGGUCCAGAUGUACAUGCAGGGCGGCGGUGCGCACCUCGUCUUUAGCGACUACAUGGGCGACGAUUCCCAGGUCGGGCGGCUCCAGCCGCACAUGGAGAAGCUGCCCCUGGUGAACAAGGAAUGGGUGGACGCGGCGGUAGAAGCGAUUGCCGGGCUCGAGGGCUUGCUUACGGAUGAAGUGGAACGACAGAACUGGGAGAUGAUCUACGACAUGGCCAAGAAGCUUUAUACUUCUUCCUGGGAGGCAUACCGAGCCUUGAUGAGCCACUACGGCUGGUGGAUGAUGCUCCCCCACGAAAAGUUCCGGCGGCUGGUCGAGCCGGGGAGCCAGGUGGCCGUGCUGCUGGCCACGCAUUGGAUCGCGCUCAAGCAGAUCAUGGCCAUCAUCACCGACACCGAGAUGCAGGCGGCGUCCAAACUGCCCGAGGCCAAGGGCGCCAACACCCAGCUCCUGCGGCACUCGGGCAUGGACGGCUGGCUCAGGUUCUUGAACCGCCAGGUUGAUGAGGUGCAUCAGAGGUAUAACCGGUGGCCCGUGUGGGUGCAGGCGCAGAUGGAUCGGGAUUGGAGGUAUUUUGGCAAGACGUUUUGAGGGGUGCCGUCGUGAUGGAUGGGUAGCCGGGGCAGUGAUUCCGGCACCGACUGGACUAGUGGUAGGUCUACGGACAGGCUGAAUCUAGGUGCGGUUGGUUCGGCACAUAUGGUUGACGGAUACGAUGGUCCCGUUUGGUGCAGCAAAGUUCAUGCUCCACCACCACCUAGGGGCGUGCAUGUGCCAGUUUCUUCUAUACCCAUAUUUACAAGUCGUCCCCAUCUCAGCUCUAGUAUUAAACGAGCCACAGGAU